CCAGCGCCAUCAGUUGCUCGUCACAUGUUCGCCACUCAAGUAGUUAGACCAAAGGCCCAGGGUGCAGUUCAGUGUACAGUAGUGCCAACCUAAGCCCGAUCGAACGCUGAGCAACCGUUAUACUAUCGAAUAUAGCAACUCACUGACAGUUAGACCAAAACACAACUCCCAAACUGAGCCGUUUAUUGCGCUAUAUAGCCAGGUGCAAGUGCAACUUUUAUCAGCCCUUUUGCUGUCUAAUCGAAAACCACAUUCUCGAAGCUUUCGGCAAGCUUCCGCCAACCGAUCGAAACGCGUGGUCUGUAGAAACGAAGAAAAUAACGUAAAACAGCAAACGAAAAAAGUGAAAUUGAAAUUAAAAAUCAGAAAUCGAAAAGUUGGGAGUUAAGUGAGCGAACGCGUGUGUUUGUGUGAGUGAUUGUUUCUAAGUGUGUGAGUGUUCAGUGCAACGGCUUUUUAAAGACCAAGGGUAACGGUAGCCGAGCAAUUACGGUGUUACUUGUCAGAAUCUGAGCAAAAAGAGAAACUGAAAGUUUUGGCUGUUACUCUGCCGUAGUAAUCCAAAAUAAAAACCCAAUACCGGAGAUACCGAUCGCCAUCCUGGACCGCUUAUUGCUUUUAGUUUGAGGCGCUCUGCCAACGGUUCGCCGGAAUUUUAAACUCCACCCACACCCUGCUGCCCGUCGUCGUUAGCAUACCGAUACCGAUAGCCGAUACCCGGUACUUGAUACCGAUAGACCACAAUAGCUACUACCUAUUCCGAAAACCGUUAAGACAGGAUUCUUUUCGGUUUAUUUCUUUGUGAAAAACACCCAGUGGCUAUUCAUCCAAACUAAAAGCGUGAAUUUUGGAUUAUGAGAAUAUAGGCACGAGCUGUCCGAACUGUUCAGAAAUUUCGCCAAAAAGACGCAGUUGAAGAAAAAGUGUUAGCAAGUGAGAAACAAUAUUAAUGAAUUUCAUGAUUAAAAACAUUUUAAAAGGUGUACAACAAAAGCUCAUUUAAUAUAAAAAUAAAAAGAACGCAAGCGAAAUACACAAAAUACAAAAUCGCGGCGCGCCAACAACAAAACGUGGCACAAACUAAAAGAAACAAAAAAAAAAAAAAGCUCAACGAAAUCGAGAGCAAAUGCGCGCGGGUGUGAGAUAGCAAAAAAGCAGAGAACGAGAGAGAAAAAGAGCAACGGUAAACGACAACAACAAAACACUAGCGCAAGCAGAAGCCAAAAGCCAAUUGCGCACAGAACGUAGAGCAGAGAAAACUAACGGAAACCUAGAAGCGCAGUACGGAUAACGGUUAAAAAGGGCCGACAGAGACAUAGAAAAUGGUAAACAAGGGAAAUGGCAAGAAGCAGCGAGAGGCAAUGUUGCCGGCGGCGGGCAACAACAGCAGCAACAUUGAAAUCAGCAACAACAAUGCAAGCAACAAAACAAUUAAUAAAACAACAGCCAACAAAGGACUAAAUGCCAAGCCCAACAACAACAACAACAGCAACAACAAGAAGAAUGCGGGCAAAGGACACCAGCCACAACAGCAACGUAGCAGUAAAAAAGCCAAGCCACAGCGUCAACAGAUAUUCUUGCAAUCGCUGCCACGAGACAGCAGCGACUACAGGAGCAACAACAACAUAAGUACCACAAGCGGCAACAAAAGCAGCAACAUCAGCAACUUAUUGGACACACCGGCAACACUGGACAGUGGCGAGGGCAAAAUAAACCCCGCUGAACUGUUAACAGCCGCUUUGGCUGUGCCCUGUGCCAAAUGCUCCAAGCCAUCGAUGAUCUCCAGUCUGAAUGCCACCGUGACCGCCUCCACAUCCUCCAUUUCCACCUACGCAUCCCCAUCCUCCUCCUCCUCGUCGACAACCAGUUCCAGAUCGGAGACCGCCAGCAAUUUUAGCGAUCUCAACUAUCCGGAACCGACUGUCUACUCCGGCAAGCAGUAUCGCAAGUCCAAAUCCUACGUGGGUGUUUCCCAGUACAACAGUGCAUCCAGUACCUAUCAGUCGGGUCGUGCGCCCAGUGCCGCUGGCGGUGGUAACAGCAAUCAUGUGGCCUACAGACGCUCCCACAGCGAUCGACGCAACUCGUUCGAUCGUUCCUUCGCCGAAAGGAACCGCGACUUUGUGCCCAUUGUGCCGCCGUCGCGUCCUGUUUUGUCCUCAUCAAACAUCGCCGGAGUAAUGGCCAGUUCCACAAAGCUGACGAUCAUAGAGCGGUUCGGAAAAGGACGUGUCGCGUAUCCCAUAAUGCAGUGCGGGACACUAGACGGAGCCGAACCGUUGUAUCAUCAGCAGCGCAGCAACAGAAUGGACGUCUACCAGAUCGACGACGGUUUCCACUCGGACGGUGGAACGGAGACGCCGCCGCCGUCGCCCAGCUCGGGUUCGUCGAUCGCCUCGACCUCGGACCACGGAUCGCUGGAGAGCGUCGACACCGGCGGGACGCAGCGGCUGGCCGUGCUGUCGUUCGAGCAGGUGAGCAAGCUGCACGACGUCAUGGACGAGAAGGUGGCCAUACACGGGCGCGGCAACUUCCCAACGCUGGAGGUGACGCUCAAGGACCUGGUCAACCUGGUGCGCCGCAAGCUGGAGGCCGAGGUGACCGCCGGCGGUGCCGGGGUGUUAGUUAAGGACAUCCGUCUCAACGGCGGGGCAGCUAGUCAUGUUUUAGCCAGCGAGGAUCAGCCGUAUAACGACCUGGACCUGAUAUUCGCCAUCGAGCUGAGUUCGCCGCGCGUCUUCGAUCGCGUCAAGGUGGCGGUGCUCAACACGCUGCUCGACCUGAUGCCCGAGGGCGUCUGCAAGCGGCGCAUCUACACGUGCUCCCUCAAGGAGGCCUACGUGGGCAAGAUGGUGAAGGUGAACAACAACAACGACGGCGACCGCUGGUCGCUCAUCUCGCUGGGCAACUCGCCCGGCCACAAGAACGUCGAGCUGAAGUUCGUGGACACGAUGCGACGCCAGUUCGAGUUCUCGGUGGACUCCUUCCAGAUUGUGCUCGACUCGCUGCUGCUAUUCUACGACUGCGCCGCUUUGCCCAUCUCGGAGAACUUCUAUCCGACGGUGGUCGGCGAGUCGGUGUACGGCGACUUCCAGGAGGCGCUCUACCACUUGCAAAAGAAACUGAUCUCAACGCGUCAGCCGGAGGAGAUUCGAGGCGGCGGCCUGCUCAAGUACUGCAACCUACUCGUUCGCAACUACAAGGCCGUCGACUCGCAGCUCAUCAAGACGCUGGAGCGUUACAUGUGCUCGCGCUUCUUCAUCGACUUCCCGGACAUCAAUACGCAGACCACCAAGCUGGAGGCCUACUUGCGUAACCAUUUCUGGGGCGUCGAUGAGGAGCCGCUGCAGUAUCAGUACCUGAUGCAUUUACGCGAGGUGGUCGAGAUGUCCACCGUCUGUUUGAUGGGCCACGAGCGGCGACAGACCCUCCACCUCAUCCAGUCGCUGGCCGCCCAGGUGCUCUACAACAAGCAGGAGAGUCAGCACGCCCAGGAGCAGUACCAGCAACAGCAGCAGCAGCAGCAGCAACAUCAGCAUCAGCAGCAACAUCAGCAGCAACAGCAGCAACACCACCAGCAGCAGCAACAGCAACACCACCAGCAGCAGCAGCAGCAACAACCGCACCGACAGCAUCAGUUCCUGGAUCCAGCGCAGCAGCAACAGCAACAGCAGCAACAGCAGCAGCAGACACAGACGCAACAGCAGCAGCCGCAACAGGCGGCCACACUGACCCUCGUCUCGCAGGCACCAGCCGCUGGUCAGGCGCAGACCAUCUAUGUGCAACAGGCCGCUCCAGCCACCGUGUGCUGCACGAGCAGCGGCGACCAGACGGCGACGGCCGCUCCACAGACCAUACAGAUACAGGCCGGCCCGCCGGGACUCAUCUACGCCAACGGCGUCUACUAUGCACCUGUGAUCCCCAGCACCAUCUGCACGUGCAACUCCACCUGGCUGAGCACGUGAUUGGAGCAGCAGCCGCAUCAGCAGGAGCAGGAGCAGGGGCAGCCUCAGCAGGAGAAGCAGCAGGAGAAGCAGGAGCAACA